UCUAAAAUAGAAUGGAAGAAGAAGUGAUUUUAUUAGAUUUUUGGUGUAGUAUGUAUGGUAUGAGGGCAAGAAUUGCACUUGAAGAAAAAGGUAUAAAAUAUGAAUACAAAGAAGAAGAUUUGAAGAAUAAAAGCCCUUUGCUUUUACAAAUGAAUCCAAUUCACAAGAAAAUUCCAGUAUUAAUUCAUAAUGGAAAAUCAAUUUGUGAAUCACUUGUUAUAAUUCAAUAUAUUGAUGAUGUUUGGAAGGGAAUUGGUCCUUUGUUAAUUCCUAAAGAUCCUUAUGAGAAAGCUCAAGCUUGGUUUUGGUCUGAUUAUAUGGACAAUACUGUACAUGAAUAUGCAAGAAAGACAUGGGCAACAAAAGGAGAAGAACAAGAGCAAGCAAUCAAAGACUUUUUAGAUGGACUUAAAUUGCUAGAAGGAGUACUUGGUGACAAACCAUAUUUUGGAGGUGAUAAUUUUGGGUUUCUUGAUGUAUCUUUGAUUGGUUACUAUAGUUGGUUUCUUGCCUAUGAAACAUUUGGAAAAUUUAAUGUUGAAUUAGAAUGUCCCAAAUUGAUUUCAUGGGUGAAAAGGUGUUUGGAAAGGGAUAGUGUUUCUAAGGCACUUCCUGAUUCUAAGAAAGUUUGUGAGUUUGUCCUUCACCUUAGGAACAAGUUUGGAUUGGAAUGAUAAGACACGAGAGUCGUCUUUGUUAAGGAGUAUUUAGUCAGGCUUCAUGUAUCGAAUGGAGAAAAAAUAAAAAGAAGACAUGGACAUGUCUCUUGUUGGAUUCUGUUUUUAGUGUUUUUUGUGGAUUUCACUUAUGUAAUAAAUGUUCUCCUUUUAUGAUGAAAGAAUGGAUCUUUUGGCUU